AUGAGUUUACUGAACAUGAGAUGGGCUGUGCUGGUGACAACUAUGAAUGUGUCAAUAUUUAGCAAAGAGAACAAACUUUUCUUACUUUUGGUAUUUUCAACAACAUUGAAACAAAAUUUAUUGAACAUCCCGAAAAAGUACAAAAUAAAAAUUCAUGGACAACCUAAAAGCGAUUUAAACUUAAUGAGAUUUGAAGAAGUCAUCGUUAUUGACAAACACUUUCGAUAUGAAGCAAAAACCUUUCAUUCUCGUUAUCACUACAAUAAUAGAAAACACGAAUGUUUCGUGUUAAGUUCGGAAAAUAUUUUGACGAAUUUCAUGGGAAAACGGAAAAUAUCGUGUAAUUUAUGUGCAAACAAAAAAGUUUGUAGUCAGAAAGAAAGGUCAAGUCAUGAUGUUAUUGUAAAAGUAAAAGGGCUGAAAUUUUGUCAAAUGAAAAAUAAAUCUCAUGAAAAAUGGGAGAAGAAAUUACAACCAAAAUUACAACGAAUAAUUCACGUAAGCAAACUUACAAUAAAAGAAGGUUCUGUCAUGAGUCAAGAUAAAAGUGAAUUUGAUGUGGAUGGAAAAAUGUUGGGAACUGUAACGUUUCUUAUGCUUUUGCCUCUGUUGCUAGUCAAAGAAUUCAUUGCAUGA